CUUUACGUCAGUGCCAUUGCGUUCGAAUUGGAAGAAAGGUUCUUGCCAAAUUUUUUUUCAUUCUUUUAUUAAUUUAUAGAUAUAUUUAGGGAAUUGCGUUAGAAAAAUAUAUUACGCAUUAAAUAGAGUAUUUUUAAUUAAUAAUACAUGUUGCAAGAAGGUUAAUUAUGUUGAAACUUGAUGGUGCCAUGCUUGAUAGGUUAUGUCGUAUGCAUAUUGUGUUUCAAAAUGUACGUUUUGAACGAAAAAAGGUGCAUUAUGAAAUAGAGUGCAUUUAAAAUCAGUGGUCUUUGAUUCGUUACCAUAUUUUAUUAUUUGUAAAACGGGAACCAAAACAGGAUAAUAGUCGACUCGAACCACGUCUACCGCUUGGUUAUCCUCCACCCAAUUUGUUGUGUUGUUUCUUUCGUAUCUAAGGAAACUGAUGCUAUCUGUACCUUCUGGCCAAUAAUCUUCCAAGAAACAUGUCACUUUAUUACGCUGGUUUCAAUACCAGCAUGCUUUUCUGUAAGGAUGAAAAUGUAAUUUUUGCAGUAGAUUCAUUUACCAAAAUUUCAUUUCCUGGGAUUACUGAUUUUCAAAUAGCUUGGGGUUAUUUUCUGAUUUGGAAAGGAAAAGAAUUAUAUAUUGUUAGGAAAGCGGAGGAAAAUCAUACAGAUACAAAUAUGCAAUUAAUACAAAUUCCAGAAACAGCAGUGAAUAGUUGUAAACAAGCUGCAAUUGGUAAAGACAGUAUAAUAAUCUUAUCAGACGACAAUAAGAUAUGGCAAUAUAAGAUCUAUGAAAACUCUUGGAAAAAAGUAAUCAAUUUUAUUUCUGCCGGCAGUGACUCAGAAAAUGAGUAUCCUGUUAAAAUAUUGCAAGGGGGAUGUACUGUGGUUUUAACUAAUCUAGGUAGAGCCUUCAAUGUUCCUACCCUAGUUGAAAUGCCAAAGAGGGUUCAAUUCAUAGAUGUUGCAUGUGGAUUUGAUCACACCAUCCUAUGUGCCCAAAAUGGUGAUAUUUAUUCAAUGGGAAUGGGAACACGCGGUCAACUAGGACACGGUGAUCUAGAAGACUGCGAUAAUCCUAAACUCAUUGAAGCUUUAGCUGGUAUCAGGGUAGUACAAAUUUCAGCUGCUGGCUCGCACAGUGCCGUUGUAACAGAACAGGGUGACCUUUACACCUGGGGAUGGAACACUAACGGAGAAUUGGGAUUACCUAAACAGGAAAGCAAAGUAGUAGCUGUACCCACGUUGGUAGAUUUCACGGACCAUCAAAAUAAAAACGUAGAGGGUUUUGUUAAGAAAGUGGAAUGCGGAAAUAACUUCACUAUUUGCAUGAUGGAUAAUGGCACACUUUGGGGUAGCGGAUGCAACAAAUACGGACAAUUAGGACAACCCCGCGAUGCCCUUCCCGACACUCCUAAAUUCGUCAAACUAAAAGUUUCGUUGAAUUCCGAAAGAAUUACAGACUUCAAGUGUCGUGAAUGGGGUACAGUGCUGAUAACAGAAUGAGAUCAUAAUUUUUUACAAGUAAAACGUUACAAGCUGAGAAUAAAGAGAAUGUUUUCCAAAA